CAGACGCACCGCUCACGGCUGUCAACGAAGGCAGACUGACAGUAUGGCGGCAGGGUACAGCUGGAAGGAUGCUACCGUUGCCCGUGAUGGGGUCGUCGCCGGCAGCACGUAAAUGGACUAUUAACGGCGGCGAGAGAAGAGGAAUAAGCGCGAGAGGCCUGUCGCCGUGAUCCCCCGCCAUGGCCAGGCUCGCCGACUACUUUGUGGUGGUCGGUUACGACCUCGACAAGCGAGUGGAAGGCGAAGGUGAGGGUCAAGGUCGCAUUCUCCAGCGGUUUCCUGAGAAAGACUGGGAGGACAGCCCGUUCCCACAAGGCGUAGAGCUGUUCUGCCAGCCCAGCGGUUGGCAGCUAGUCCCCGAGCGGCAGCCCGCCUCCUUCUUCGUAGCAGUUUUGACUGACAUCAACUCUGAGCGACACUACUGUGCCUGCUUCACCUUCUGGGAGUGCCAGGAAAACCCGCAGUUGCAGAAGGCGCGGGCCGGUGAAGUGGAUGAAGUGGACGAGGAGCCGACUAUCAUCCGACCAGCUCAGGUCUUUGCCCCUAAGAGUCUGGUGCUGGUGUCUCGGUUGGACUACACUGAUGUUUUCAGGAACUGUCUAGCAUUGGUCUACACCGUCCAUGUUGAUGGCCUGACAGUCCCCUUGGAGACAGUCAUCGGAAAUCUGCUCACUUGCGUCAUCCCCAUCGCUGGAGGCUCCCAGCCGGGCCAGGAGGAGAGAGGGGACAGUUGGCGGACCAUCACGUUAGGCGCUGGGGACCGGCAAGUUAUCCAGACUCCCAUCAAUGACUCCCUACCCGUCAGCGGCAGCAGUGUGGCACAGCUCUUCAGGCAGCUCGGAAUAGUCAACGUGCUGUACCUGUUCUGUGCCGCCCUGACCGAGCACAAGAUCCUGUUCCUAUCCAGCAGUUACCAACGACUAACAGAUGCCUGUCGGGGACUGCUGGCUAUCAUGUUUCCCCUCAAAUACAGCUUCACGUAUGUUCCCAUCUUGCCCGGAAAACUCCUGGAGGUUUUGAGCACUCCCACUCCUUUUAUAAUUGGCGUCAACUCAUUUUUUCGAUCCGAGACUCAAGAACUGUUGGAUGUCAUCAUCGCCGACCUGGACGGCGGCACCGUCACCAUCCCGGAGUGUGUUCACAUCUCCCUGCUGCCCGAGCCGCUUCUCCAGCAGACCCAAACUGCACUCUCCAUGGUUCUGGAUCCUGAGCUGGAAAUUGCCGAUCACGCCUUCCCACCCCAGUCCUCGCAACCGUCGGCGCCCAAGAUUCAGGAUAAGGAGAUCCGUGGCAUCUUCCUGUGGCUGUUUGCGCAGCUUUUCCAGGGUUAUCGUUGGUGUUUACAUAUCAUCCGCAUUCACCCCGAACCAGUUAUUCGUUUCCAUAAAGCGGCCUUUCUUGGACAACGAGCACUUACGGAAGACGACUUCCUCAUGAAGGUGUUGGACGGAAUGGCCUUUGCGGGAUUUGUGUCCGAGAGAGGUCCUCCUUACCGGGCAACAGAUUUGUUUGAUAAUCUUGUCGCCAAUGAAGUUGAGAGGAUACGGCAAGAGGAAUUCUCGCCGCACAAAGUCAUGAGUCACAUCAAGGAGUUGGCUGAGCAGCUUUUUAAAAAUGAGAACCCUUACCCGGCAGUGAGUAUGCAUAAAGUUCAGCGACCGUUGGAAAAUGGACAGAAAGCAACUCAGACUCAGACCCCCUUUCCUGGGCUGGAUGAAGUGACUGUGCAACUUUUCAUCGACCACGCCACCGCCAAGCUCAAGACUGCGCCGCCCGUGGUCAAAGCGGAGGUUAAAAGCAGGGUGCCAUCCGGGCCUCCGCUUGGAGACAUGGUGGACCGGAACAGUAACGUGAUGGCCAACAGCGCCCGGCGACUGGAGGUUGUCAGGAACUGCAUAACGUAUAUUUUUGAGAACAAGAUGCUGGAGGCUAAGAAGUUGAUGCCAGCUGUACUCCGAGCGUUAAAGGGUCGGGCAGCUCGGGUGUGUCUGACCCAGGAGCUCAAUCAGCAUGUUUUACAGAACCGGGCAGUACUGGAUGACCAGCAGUUUGACUACGUCGUUCGAAUGAUGAACUGCACAUUACAGGACUGCUCGCAUAUCGAUGAACAUGGCAUUGCAGCAGCCCUUCUCCCAUUGGUCACAGCCUUUUGCAGGAAAUUGGGAGCAGGCAUCACUCAGUUUGCAUACAGCUGCGUACAGGAGCACACGGUGUGGACCAACAUGCAGUUCUGGGAAGCCAUGUUCUACAGUGAUGUACAGAAUCACAUCAGGGCACUUUAUCUAGAGACGGAGGACGGAGAGCAUCACGAACACACAGAACAGCAUGACGCCGGCCAUCAAAUUGGCGCGUUGGAGCUGGCGUCGGAGCAAAGCCGCCUGUGGCCGACCUUUGGCAAAGACGUGCAGACGGAGCGCGUGCAGAAGGAGGAGAGCACCGUGUUCAGCCAGGCUAUCCACUACGCCAACCGGAUGAGCUACUUGCUGCUGCCGCUGGACACCAGCAAGAACCGCCUGCUCCGGAGCUCCGGCCUCGGAGACGUGGAGAGCGUAAGCAACAGCUAUGUAACCAACAGUAUUGCAGGGAGCAUGGCGGAGAGUUACGACACAGAGAGCGGCUUCGAGGAUGCCGAGAGCUCUGACGUGGCCAACUCGGUGGUUCGCUUCAUCAACCGCUUUGUGGACAAAGUGUGCAACGAGAGCGGCGUGACCAACGAGCAUCUGAAGGCCCUCCACACCAUGAUACCAGAUAUCGUUCAGAUGCACAUCGAGACGUUAGAUGCGGUCCACCGUGAGAGCAAACGACUGCCGCCCAUCCAAAAGCCCAAGCUGCUGAGACCGACCCUUUUGGCAGGCGAGGAGCUGGUGAUGGACGGCAUGCGCGUUUACCUCGUCCCGGACGGACGCGAGGAAGCCACGGGGACGAUGGGAGGCCAGCCACUACUGCCCGCGGAGGGAGCCAUUUUCCUCACGACCUACCGACUCAUCUUCAAGGGCACACCCACCGACCCACUAGUGGGCGAGCAGGUGGUGACUCGGUCCUUCCCAAUCGCGUCAUUGACCAAGGAGAAGAGGAUAUCUGUCAGUUUACCCAUGGAGCAGUUUGUUCAGGAUGGGCUACAAUUACGGUCUUGCACCUUUCAGCUGAUGAAAAUCGUGUUCGACGAAGAAGUGGCGGCAGACCUGGCGGAAGUUUUCAGAAAACACAUGCACAAACUACGCUACCCCCAGCACGUGCAGGGAACGUUCGCCUUCACCGUCGGUCAGAGCGGCAAGCUAAUAGUAGAGCACAAGGCUAAGGAUAAGAACCAGUCGCUCAAGACACUUUCCAAAAACUUGGUCAAGACUGCCAAGAGGACCAUCAACCGGCAAUACGUGACCAAGAAGAAAUACUCUCCGCCUACGUGGGAGAACAGGAGCAGCUUUCAGUCCGAGUUGGACGAGGAUGAAAUUUCAGUCUCUGAGGAGGUGGAUCAGAGCUCCCUUACGCUUUCCUCAACUAUCCGCUCUUCGGACAGACAAACAAUGAGCAACGUGGUUGAGCGAGCGUGCUGCCGAGAUUACCAGCGAAUGGGCUUGGGCACGCUUAGUAACAGCUUGACCCGCUCCAAGAACGAGCCUUUCCGAAUUUCCACGGUCAACCGCAUGUACACGGUGUGCAGGAGCUAUCCGGGCCUGCUCAUUGUGCCGCAAAGCAUCCCGGAUUCAACCAUCCAGAGAAUUUGCCGCUGCUACCGGCAGAACCGCUUUCCUGUGGUUUGCUGGCGGAAUUCGCGAACUAAGGCUGUCCUUUUGCGAUCGGCCGGCCUCCACGCAAAAGGGGUAGUGGGCUUUUUUAAGUCUCCCAACGCCCCGACUUCAGUGCCCUCCCAGGCGGACUCCACCAGUCUGGAGCAGGAGAAAUACCUGCAAGCCAUUAUCAGCUCUAUGCCGUCUUACAACGAGAGCAGUGGCAGGAACACGCUCAGCGGCUUCACCUCCACGCACAUGAGCGCUUCAGACUCGUCGGAUAAACUGCGGCAGCCAAAGAUCGGCGCUCUGAUGAAGCAAGUGAUGGGCGCCAAGGAAGACGUGCCUGGAACUUUCAACAGAGGAGCGCUUGGUCAAAGGGCCAAAGUCAUCUCCCUCUCUCAGCCCAAAAUGUCUGUCAAGGCCAGGAACUCUACUAGAGGAAAAUGGGGGAGUAUCCGAGGCAGCGGGCGUCUAAGCGCCUAUAAUCCGGAUGUGGGGACGCGUCUGGCGGGGAAAGAGUCGCCACAGCCCAACGGUGGGCCCAGCGAGGCGCUGUUUCUACGUCAGCACAGGGCCUACCUCUAUAUCAUUGGGGACAAAGCCCAGCUCAAGGGCGGGAAGCAGGACUCAUUCCAGCAAUGGGAGGUAGUGCCCAUUGAGGUAUGCGACGUGCGGCAAGUGAAAAACAGCUUCAAGAAGCUGAUGAAGGCCUGUGUGCCCAGCUCCACGGUCUCGGACAGUUCCAACUUCUUGCGCUACCUGGAAGAGUCUGAAUGGAUGGCGCUGCUGCACAGGGUGCUGCAGGUAUCAGUACUUGUGGUGGAGCUGCUGGACACGGGAUCAUCCGUCAUGGUCAGCUUGGAGGACGGCUGGGAUGUCACCACCCAGGUGGUGUCCUUGGUGCAGCUACUGUCCGACCCUUACUACCGGACAUUCGAUGGCUUCCGGCUGCUGGUGGAGAAGGAGUGGCUGUCGUUCGGACACAGGUUUAGCCACCGUGGCGCGCAGACGCUAAGCAGCCAGAGCAGCGGGUUCACACCUGUCUUUCUGCAGUUCCUCGACUGUGUGCAUCAAAUCCACCUGCAGUUCCCCAUGGAGUUUGAGUUCAGCCAGUACUACCUGAAGUUCUUAGCCUAUCACUACGUGUCCCAUCGCUUCCGCACCUUCCUUCUGGACUCGGACUACGAGCGUAUUGAACUGGGAGUUCUUUAUGAGGAGAAAGGCGAGAGGAGAAGUACUCAAGUGUGCAAGUCUGUGUGGGACUACAUUGACCGACUCAACAAGAAAACGCCGGUUUUCUUCAACUAUAUGUUCGCGCCAGAGGAUGACGAGGUGCUCCGGCCGUACACCUUCAUCUCCAAUUUAAAAGUGUGGGACUAUUACACGGAGGAGACGCUCUCAGAAGGGCCGUCGUACGACUGGGAGCUGCGGGGUCGUCCGGAGCGGGCGGCGUCGGACGAGGCGACGGACAAGCCCGACAGCAGCGCGCCAAAGUCGCGGCGACGCUCCGUGUGGCCGUGCUACGACAGCCUGAGCAAGACGGUGCCCGACGCCAUCACCAAGCUGCUGCAGGACAUGCAGGCGCUGGAGGGUGAGCUCGGUCAGGCGUCGGAGAAGUGGAAGGACACUUGGGAUAAAAUUAAGGCCAAUCAGAGGAAUGAGACGAAACUGGAGAGCAAGUCGUCAUUCUCCAGCUCGCUCCUCAUGUCCUCCAACCUGAGCCACCAGCGGCGUUCGCAAGGCGUCUACCUACAGGAGAGCAGUGUGGGUUCCUCGAUCAACUUAGCCCUGGACUGCGAGGCCAGCGCCACCUCCACACCGGUGGCGGGCCGGCCGAGCACCAGUACGCUUUACAGCCAAUUCCAGAGCACCGAGAGCGAGAACAGAAGCUUCGAAGGCAUUUUAUUCAAAAAAGGCGCUUUGCUGAAACCGUGGAAACCGCGAUGGUUUGUGCUAGACAAGACAAAACAUCAGCUGCGAUACUACGAAAGCAGGCAGGACAAAGAGUGCAAAGGUGUCAUCGAACUAGCCGACGUGGAGUCGGUCCUUCUUGGGACGCCUGCCAUGGGAGCGCCCAAAAACAUUGAGGAGAAAGCCUUCUUCGAUCUCAAGACCACUAAACGAGUGUACAACUUCUGCGCCCAAGACAGCCUCAAUGCUCAGCUAUGGAUGGACAGUGUUCAAAGCUGCCUAUCAGACGCCUAGACGCGGCCUGGACACUUGAACUGCUACAUUUCAGUGUUUUUGCUAGAAAAAGAAGAAAACCAGGAAAAAAAAAAUACAGCCGCAAUCCAACCACACAGAGCCAUCCCACGUCAUGUGCGACGCACCCAGCAUGAAGAUUCUUCUCGACUCUCCUUCUUACUAACCCCUUGCCGUUUCCCGAUUUAGCUUUGAAAAACUCCGGGGGAGGAAUGACGGAGGAGCUGCCGGAUCCCAUUUUGGGACCACUCGAGUGGUCUCGUGACGGUUCAUGAAGGAUUUUUUUUUUUUUAUCUUGGGCACCCACAAUCUCCAGGAUGAUAUACUGUGAAAAGCCCCAUCAGGAUCUCCUCUGAGAGUGUUUACAAAGUGGACAAAAGCUCCCCUCCUUUUACAUUAAC